CGAAGUUACCGCUAGUAGCUUCUAGCCUAGCUAUGAAACCCUGCAAAAGCCAAGCCUAGCUGGUACUCACUUACCGCCCACAGUUAACUAGCUAUAUAGCUAAUUUACUAGAGCUGUUAAACAUAACUGGAUCAAAUGGUUUAUGACCCUGUGCAGCCAUGGGUGACAUGAAAACCCCAGAUUUUGAUGAUCUUCUGGCUGCGUUUGACAUCCCAGAUGCCACUGGGUUGGACGCCAAAGAGCCCAUCCAGGGGAGUCACGAGGAGACAGAGAGUCAGCUGAAGCACACAGGGAUAUGUCUGGAUGAUGGCUUAUUGAGUAACCAAGCUAUCACAACAGGGGAUAUUCCUGCUGUAAGUGUUAUUGUGAAAAACACAAGUCGCCAGGAGUCAUUGGAAGGUUUUGGACCGGCAUUGCAAAAUGGAUUCAGGGGACAAGAGGCGUCCAUUGACAAUGCCGAGACAACUAACACUGGCUUUUCCAAAUCGUUUGUCUCUGCGUUGAACGGGGAGAGUUCAAGAGAGCUUCUUGGAAAGGCACCUAUUCAGCACAAACCUGACGGAACGCCAAUAUUUUCCCAGUCACUUUCUCAUUUUAGUCCCAUCUCUAGUCCUGAGUCCGAAGACACUCAGUGUAGUAGAGAUGAAAUGCAUCCAAAAGAGAGACCCUGUUUCCCAGAAGCUUCAGUUCUGGUGGAGCCCUCAAUCCCAGACAAUCCCAAAAAACUGGACCUCAGCAUGUUUGACGACUGUCCAAAGGACUCUGAUAUUUCCAAGAACACUCAGAGGAGCAGAGCAGAAAGUAGUAGAAGCCAGGAGCCCUCUGAUACCUGUCUCAGAAAUGAAACAGAUACGACACCUAGAAUACGCAGAGCACUUCCCCCACCGAGCAGUAACCAGAACUUUAUUGAGACCAACUGCAAUUCAGGAACCUCGAUGGAUGUUUCCCCUCCUUAUCCGCUUGUAAAAUCUCAGACAUCUAAAUUAUCCUCUUGCCUUGAGGCUCUGGUGGCUCUGAAUGCUAGAAAAGAUCCCAGAGAGUCAUCAGCAGUCCAGAAUGACUGCACGAAAGCAAGCCCCAACGUGCCUAUUUCCCCACGCAGCCCCAGAAGUCCACUUGAAACAGUGAAACGGUUAAUGAAACCCUCUGAUAGCCCUGUGAGCAUCUGCAGUGAUAGUAGUGGCAAAGCUUCCCCCGCAGUGGCAUCUGGGUCGCCCCCUGCCAUACCCAGGGUCAGAAUUAAGACCAUUAAAACCACGUCUGGGCAAAUCAAGCGCACAGUCACAAGUGUGCUGCCAGAUUCAGAGACAGAUGAAGUUCAUUCUGCAUAUGAAUCAUCUCCAGCACAGAGUAUGAUCAGUGAAGAUUCUUACUGCAAUAUGUCUCCUCAUCAGUCUCAAAGUGCGGCUGCUGAAAGCAAUGUUCAAACUAAAGGUACCUCAGCUGGUAUGUCUUCACUGAAGGUUUUACACAACAAAUCAGAGUCCAACUCCCGGAGGUCAGGCACAAUGCAGACCCCAGCAAUAUUCCAUAAUACUAGUGGUCCUGUCAAACGAUCUGUUGCACAUCAGGGGCAGAAACCAAAGAGAGGAUCAGCCACAGCAGGCCAUACAACUAGCACAAACUUCCUUCCCAAAGCAAUGCACUUAGCUAGUCUUAACCUGGUCCCUCAUAGCGUUGCUGCUUCAGUAGCUGCACGGUCCUCCUCUCAUCAACAAAGCCAGCACACGCUCUCCUCUACAAUGUACAGCACUGUCCCACUGGUGCAUCAGGUCAAAACGGCCAAACCCUAUCCUUGCACGUCCACUCCCAAUACAGCAGCAGGAACCUUAAACAGACUGUUGAACAAUGCCAACCCUGUGCCUACAUAUGUGCCCAACCUGAACCCCCCUCCAGAGAGCAAUAUCAGCCUUCCACCACGCGGCUACUGCUGCCUGGAGUGUGGGGACUCCUUCGGCGUGGAGAGGAGUCUUGUGUAUCAUUACAGCAGGAGGAGUGUUCACAUUGAAGUAGGAUGUACGCACUGUGCAAAGACGAUGGUAUUCUUCAACAAGUGUGCCUUGUUGGCACAUGCGCGAGAGCACAAGAACAAUGGCACGGUCAUGCAGUGCACACAGCUUCAUAUGAAACCCAUAGCAGAGGAACAAAUGUUUGCACCCCUGAGUACUGAACCUGUGAAGGCUGACUCUUACUCCUCACCAUCACGCUCAUCUAAAAAACAACCUGUCCUGCCCCUGUAUCCAGACAAUGUCAUUCGCCACCGACUCCGAUGCCUGGAGUGUAACAAGCAGUUACCAGACUACAAAGCACUUGCAGGCCAUUACCAGCGGCCGUCAGAGGAUGUGGAAGGACUAAUGUGUAUGGUGUGCUCAAUGUUGUUACCCAACAAGUGCAGCUUCAGAGCUCACGAACGCAUUCACGCACACAAGUCCCCUUACUGCUGUCCAGAGUGUGGAGCCCUGAGUCGCUCUGCAGACAUACAAAAGCAUGUCAAGGAAAACUGUCUGCACUACGCUCGCAAGGCUUGGUACAAAUGUCUUCACUGUGAUAUGGUUUUCAAAACCCUUCAAGGACAGAAGACUCACAUUGAGGAGAAACACUGUGAAGUCUUUUACAAGUGCUCCAACUGUCCAGUUGCCUUCAAGACCGCUGACGGCUGUGAAGUGCAUUUAAAAAAUAAGCACAGUGCUAGCAAGAUAUUCCCUCAGUUAAUCUUUAAGUGUUCGUGUGAGACAGUGUUCAAGAAAAAGCAGUUACUCUUCCAGCAUUUCCACCAGAAUGCCAACAAGCGUGUCAUGUGCGUGUUCAAGUGUCCAGAAUGCAACUCGGUCUUUCCACAAAAGCACCUGUUAAUGCAGCACUUCAAGGAUGUCCAUGUAGGAAACAUGACAGCAGAGAUGGAGAGCAGCAGUAAACAGACAGACACCACCGACUGGCACCAGGAUGUUCGUUCUGUCCAAGUACAAAAGAGUCGCAGCCCUGUUAAACACACAGAUAGUCCAAGAAAAAAGGCUGAGCAGGACGGCAGACCUCGCGUGAAGCCCACCGGCUGGACGUGCGGGGAGUGUCUCCAGUGGUUCCCUGAACGGGAGGCCUAUGUUUCUCAUGUGAAGACCACCCACGGAAAGUCAGUGAAGAAGUACCCAUGUCGGCAUUGUGAGCAGUCUUUCAACUCUACAACCAGUCUGAGAAGACACAUCCGCAAUGACCAUGACGGAAAAAAGAGGAUUUAUACUUGUUGGUACUGCACGGAUACCAAGACAAUCUUCACGACGAGCAUGAUGUUGAAGAACCACAUCAGUCUAAUGCACGGAAUCAAAAAUCCUGAUCUUAGCCAAAUGCCAAAAACAGCCAUCCAGGAGUCAAAAGAGGCUUUGGGCAAGGGGCCUGCAUCUGAAACACCUGCCGUGGAGGCGCAGGAGGAAGGGCGGGAUCGCACCCGCGCGCUCGAGGCUCCUUCAGCAAAGCGUCUAAAAUCUCAGUUCCGCUGUUCAAAGUGUGGUUUCAUCACAGACGACAGGACACAGUUCCAGCAGCACAUACCACAGCAUAAAACUGAUGAGAACACUCCUCAGUGCCUUCACUGUGGCCUGUGUUUCACAUCUGUGCUGUCGCUCAACAGACACCUUUUCAUUGUUCACAAAGUCAAAGAGGAGGAGAGAGAGGAGGAAGAGGAGGAGGAGCGGAGCACGGACUGUAACUUAAAACUGAGCACUCACUCUCAGACACAAGCCGUCUCUCUGCGGUAACGAGAGCCUCCUCGACACGUCUUUAAAGCUGCUUUAAUAUAUUCAGUUUUCAUGUGAAAGUAAGGGAUGCUUGAUGUUCUGCAUGGAGGUGGUGCAAAAGUGUUUGGGCCUUUUAAUUUUGAAAUUUCUCUCAAGUUAUUCAGAGCUUGUGCAGUAUAUCCAAGCAGAUCCUUAACAUUUAGUAAAGAGCAGUAUUUUCAUAAAUGAGUAUUUUCAAUUGUUUUUAUUUAUCAUUGCAUGUUAGUAAUGUAUUCAUCUUACCUUUCAGACAUAACUGCACAUGUAUUACAGAUGAUUUUUCUUUCUACCCCCCCCCCCCCCCCAACUGUUUCAUCCACCCUGACAGAGACUCAGGAAUGUCUGAAGUUUUUAGGUCUGGUAUCGAUUGAUGGAUUGUCACCUUUGUUAUUGGUCAUUUUAAUUGCUUAAAUGUCUGACGCAUUUGAUGCUACACACUAUUACCUAAAUGGGAUUCAGUAUGUAUGACAUGACUGUGUUGCAAUGAGUUUGCAGUUACAAAGCUAGAAUUGUCACCAUCUAUUACAAAACAUUGCAAAGUUCAGCCUUCAUUUAAAAGACAUAUUGUUUGGCAAACCGUCAUUUGAAAAGCAUCCUGUGAGAUCAGAUGCAGGCGAGCUGUCACGCUGAGCAAAGCCUACUGAAGUUAGGCUGCACAUGAGAACAGGACUUUGGUUUGACUAUUUAGGCGUUCUGAAGUGCUUUUGUUUUUUUAUGUUCAUUGAACGUGUUUGAUUCGUGGGUGCAUGUGUUGUCCCAGAUCUGCCCUUUUUUUUUCUUUUCUUUUUUUGAAUGAGUGUUCAGGGGAAGCAUGGAGAGGUAUUGGGCGUGUGGUGCAGCAGUAUUGAAAAUACCUCAAAUUGCCAGAAGUGUAUUUUUCAGGCAAGCGGACAGUCAAUGUUAUGUCAAAUCAGGGUACGUUGUUUUGGAUAAUCCAGAGCAGGCGUGAAAGUGAAGUUUGGCGGCAUAUCUGAGAUGAUGUUUUCUAAAUCAGGACCUGUUGACAUGAAGUCGCUCAUUUUAAUAAUACUAGUAGGAUCAGAGUUUCUUUAAUCCGUCAUGACUUCAGGGGAAAUAAAUUCCUUAGAUCUGCCCUCAUGAUGGUGGCUACUCUUUGCUCACAGGUCUCGGUUUGUAAAGCAGCAUUUCUCGUUUUGUAUUGAAUACAUGACAGUUCCUACCUCCAUGGUUAAUGGCAGUGAUUGUUAAAUGAAAGUAUUUGAGGAGUUGCAGGUAAUCUCAGUGCAAUGUAAAAAUUAGUAAAUGUGUAUUAUCCCACAUUAUUCAAUUUUAUAAAUUAUUUUGGGAAUGAAAGUAAGGUUAGGAGGUCAUAUUGACUUUACUUGGAAAGUGAACUUUUCUAUUUAAGUGCUAUAUGAGCUUUUUAUUUCUCUGUUAUCUUAAGUCCUUAAAUCACAGCGCUGCAGCUGUUAAACUGCAGAGGCUGAAAAGAAUGACUUGUUCACGACUUAUUCUUUUGUUACGCUCGUUGAAAGAUAUUUGUACUUUUGAUACUGUGUACAAUGAGGACUCGUAUCGGAAAGUGUGUACAUACAGUAGCCAAUGAACCCUGGAUUCACAGCAUUUCUUAAGCCAUUACAUCUGUUCAGCAUGCAGUGGCCCAUGUGCCUUGCUGUAAUGUUUACGUUCAGUACUCACGAAUAAAUU